AUGACUAACAGCUCCAUCGCUAGCUUGGACGGGUCGUCGCCGAUGGUUUUGACCUUUCUUGCGUCCGCAAUGUCUCUAACAUUCGCGCCGGCUAGUAGCAUUCAAGUUUGUUUCGCGUUACGCAACACGCCGGCCUCGACAAUGCAAGCAAUGAAUGUCCUUGGGUUUAAGCAAGCAGUUUUCGGAGGCAACACAAUUUUCUCAGCCAGCCUCACGGAUAAGAACCAUGUUUACAUCAUACCUCAAGCUCCUCCUGGCAACCUGCAGCAGUCUAAGCUUUCCACGUCAAUUCCUGGCCCGAUUGGCUCAGUCGGCCCGAUAAACGUGAACAUUGAUGACAAGUCCAAAGCAUUCCAUUCGUUAUCUUGUAGAGUCGACGUCGAUAAUGUCGAUGCCAAAGAUCUGUUUUCUUCCAAGACAUUACCAUCUAUCUCGCAGAUCUCGUCGUGUGUUCUCAAACUGGAAAUCGACAAACAUGCCCAGAAUGUCAUUUUCCCAAUCCCGAUUCGUGGAGGGCAGAUCAAAAUGAAACUAGCUCGAAAAUCGUCCUAUAUCGAGAUCAUCGUUCCUCCGUUCCGACCAUUCCAAGACGGCGGCAUGAAGUCCACCACGAUGUUCCCUGUUGUCCGCACGGAUACUGGUUUUUCGUUCCCUUGGAACAUCCACCGAAUCAACCUCACCCGCUCCCCGACGCUUCCCAUCAACGCGCCAAAUUCCAAGAAGUGGCUCGAUUGGCAUCUGGGUUCGAUGUUGUCAGAACGAGAAUACGCUUUGGUGCUUGCGCAACGAGAAAGCGAAGACGCAAUUGCGUCAGCAAAACGCAUCAUGUCGAGCCUCAUCGCCAGCGCCUAUGGCUUGCACAGUCCUGGCAAUCAGCGACAACGGGUCGUCGAACUGUGCCGCUCUACAACUGAAGACUGCGACCUGAUCCUGUUCGUGGAUGAGCUCAAACUCGACCUGGCGUCGCACACUGUAGUUGGGGAUGCUUACAUUGUCCCCUUCAGCCUCGACAUGCUUUCGAACUCUGCUUUCGCUGGCGCUUUUCGAAAGUUAGACCGUUUCAGCGUGCCAUUAUCCGAAGACGAGGCUCGGAUGAUAAAGCAGCUUCUCCCCGCCCUGGUUGAACGCUGUCGUUCUUGGCAGCACUCUGCCGCUUGCGAAUACCUCUCGCCUGACAGUCAAGUCCCGCUUUCUCUCGAAAUGGGCAAAAAUCCGCUGUGCAGUUGUGGACGGGGCAAAGAUGUUGCGGGAAUGCGCCGAACCCUUUCGUGGCGGCCGUUUGCGCAUUCCGCGACCAGGCUUGCUCUGACGCCGCUAUUUGCGUUGUCGUACAUUGAGCAAUUUGGUCGGCCAGAUAACCUGAAGAGCCUUCCGCCACAAUCUCAGAGUCGCAGAGAGUCGGCGGAGAAGUGUGUGGUGCUCGAAAGCGACUUAUUGCUCGCAAGAGUGUCAGCAUAA